ACAGUGAACGAUUUUUCUUGCCAAUCUCCUUCCAAAACCCCCUCCGUCUUUCUCUCUCGUUGGUUCGAACCAGCAUCACCUCUAUGAAUCUCUCAUCUCUCCGUCUCGACUCAAACUCUAUCUUCACAGUCCCAGAAAGGAGCUUCAUCAGUGGCCGUGGAGCGUACAGAAACAGUGGGCCACAUAGGAGGGUCGUUAUGUGCUCUGUGAAACCCGUUGCUGCUUCUUCUUCGUCAUCGUCCUCCGCAGUGGCGGAACAGGGAGUGAACGAGGCUCGCCUGAGUCGAAUCGGGUCACUGAGUCAGGUCUCUGGCGUGUUGGGUAGUCAGUGGGGUGAUGAAGGUAAAGGCAAGCUCGUCGAUAUCUUGGCCAAGCACUUCGACAUAGUUGCUCGCUGUCAGGGUGGAGCUAAUGCUGGACACACUAUUUACAAUGCAGAGGGCAAGAAAUUUGCACUUCAUCUUGUUCCUUCGGGGAUUCUUAAUGAGGAAACUCUGUGUGUUAUUGGUAAUGGAGUUGUAGUCCACCUACCUGAGUUGUUUAAAGAAAUUGAAGGUCUUGAGUCUAAUGGAAUUUCCUGCAGUGGAAGAAUCUUGGUGUCUGAUCGUGCUCACUUGUUAUUUGAUUUUCAUCAAGUGGUAGAUGGUCUCAGGGAAGCUGAGCUAGCUAGUUCCUUUAUUGGCACUACGAAAAGAGGCAUUGGACCUUGUUACUCAAGCAAGGUUAUCCGGAAUGGCAUAAGAGUAAGUGACUUGAGGCAUAUGGAUACAUUCCCUCAGAAGCUUGAUGUUUUAUUUUCAGAAGCAGCUUCAAGAUUCAAGGGUUUUAACUAUACUCCUGAAAUGCUCAGGGAAGAAGUUGAAAGGUACAAGAGAUUUGCUGAGAGAUUGGAACCCUUUAUUGUUGAUACUGUGCAUUAUAUGAAUGAAGCUAUCUCUGAAAAGAAGACGAUUUUGGUGGAAGGUGGUCAGGCUACCAUGUUGGAUAUCGACUUUGGUACCUACCCUUUUGUGACUUCUUCUAGUCCAUCAGCUGGUGGAAUCUGCACUGGUCUAGGCAUUGCUCCUAGAGUUGUUGGUGACCUGAUUGGAGUGGUUAAAGCAUACAAUACAAGAGUUGGGUCGGGCCCUUUCCCCACUGAAAUCUUGGGUAAAAGUGGGGAUCUUCUCAGAUUUGCCGGGCAGGAGUUCGGGACAAAUACCGGUCGUCCACGUCGUUGUGGUUGGCUUGACAUAGUUGCACUGAAAUAUUGCUGUCAGAUUAAUGGUUUUUCUUCUCUUAAUCUUACCAAACUUGAUGUUUUGUCGGAUCUUCCUGAAAUUCAGUUAGGAGUUUCUUACAAACAAAUUGAUGGUACACCGAUCAAAUCAUUCCCUUCAGAUCUUUGUGUUCUCGAGCAAUUGAAGGUGGAAUACGAAGUUAUGGGUGGCUGGCACUGUGACAUUUCUUCUAUAAGAAACUACUCCAAUCUGCCAAAGGCAGCCCGUCAAUAUGUGGAAAGGAUAGAAGAACUUGUUGGUAUUCCCAUCCAUUACAUCGGUAUCGGGCCUGGACGUGAUGCCCUUAUAUACAAAUGAGUCCAUGAUUUCCCCCUGCUCCGAGUGUGUCUCCUGCUAUUAAGCGAUGAAAUGACCCUUGUGGUAAUGGAAGAAUUAUGCCCAGUGCUUGAGAUUAAUGUUUUGGAUAAACAGAGUCACUGACUUGAUGACAAGCAUUUCUUGUGGUAUGUUUUGGCCUUAGCUUUUCGCAUGACAUGGAUUGUAUUUGACCUUUCUGUAGGAGAAUCUGGCUAUCGUUGCUUAAAGUCUGGAAUGCAUGCUGAGAAGCGACAAGCUUUUGGCUGUAGCAGCAACUCGGGUUCUCUAAUAUGAUGCUACCAACUUUGUAUUUUGUAACAAUGACGCAUAUUUUUUACCCUUUUGUCAUCAAACUCAUCCAAACAAGUGUAUUAGUGGCAACAUUGAUCCAUGUGAUGAUAUAUGUUAUUUUGUUAUUAAAUGUCAGUCCUCUACUUAAAAAAAUUUAAAUGUUAGCCCAUUAAUUUUUUUGAAUACGCUUGGUGAAA